CUUAAUGAGAAUUCAAUUUUCUGAAAUCAGAAAUUAUUCUCUCUUAAAAGUCACAUGCUAGAGAGUCCAAAGACUCCCUCUAGUCACCUUCCUUGCACAGUGCCUUCAUUCUCAUUUUCCUUGAUUUCCACUGUGCUCCACCUUAUUUCUCUCACUUCCAUAACGUUGUUUCCAUACGCGUCAGCCAUUAAUUCACUGCCACAUCUUCAGCGCUUCAACGACACCUCACUGCACCUUGCGCGUCUUCAUUUUUUUGUUUUUCUUCUUUCACGAGAGCAUUUCUCUCUCGAGUCCCUCGUCUCCAGCCAUGGUUCUUCACGGUGAGUCUUCUAUCCUUGCAGAUUCACUUUGUCAUUCUCGUUUCUCCCUCAUCACAGCCUCUUCCACCAUUUUGUUCAUAUUUUGACCGUUUAAACACCUCUCUUCACAUCGUUUUCCAUUUUCCACCGAUUGAACCCUCCUUUAUUUCGAUCUAAUCCUUUUCCACCAAUCAAUCUUGUGUUUGAACCGAUUAAUCGGUUCAUAUUGAGUUUCCUCCCAUUUCUAGGGAUCCUUCUGACAGUUUAGGGUUUUUGGUUCGAUUAGAGCUUGAGUUUAGUUUUUCCUUUGAGUCAGUCUUCGAUCUCGUGUUCUCGUCAUCAUUUUCAACAUUCCGCUGCGUAUUACUCGUCGGAGGAAGUUUCGAGGAGGUCUGGUUCGUGCUCGCGCAACUUCAAUCGGCCUCUCCUCGGGCGUUCGUCCAUCAAGUGGUAUUCAGAGCUCAGGUUCGAGCACGCUUCAGAGUCCCUCCAGGUGUGAUACUGUAUCCUUGCGAAAAAAACCUUUAUUCCUCACACAAAUAGCUAAAGUGGAACCGGAACCAUUCAAUAACUGCCAUCUUUAGGUCUUGGCUCAGACACCUCUCUCUUUGGACACGACUAGCAUUCGAAAUCGAAGCAAAGUAAAAGGGCACAGUUUUUAUUCCUUUUUGCCUUCUCCGCUUAAAGUUUCUGCCGAAAAUGGGAAGCGAAGAUAAUGUGAAGCAUCUUGAAGACUGCUCCGUUUCUAAUGCAUUAGGCACUUGGGUGUUCUCAGUUGCAGGAGCAUUGUUGGCUAUUCCAGUUGGCAUAAAGCGCAAAUCUCUAGCACCCCUUGUAUUUUUUGGCACCACAGGUACUAUGUUGGAUAUUAUUAUGGGGAUCACUGCUUGCGAAAGGGAACACGCAGAGCGCCAAAUGAAGCUACUUGAAGCGCAAAAUGCUGCUGCCGAAACUUCCUUGGGUGAAACAGAAAUUGAUUCAUAAACCGCUAUCUUGAAGUUGUCAGCAUUGUCAAACUUGUUUGGGCAUGAUUGUAACAAACUAAAUGCACUUUUCUGGUGGUCACUAGUCAAAUAUUCUUCUACUUGAUGUUUUUUUUAUAUCCUUUUACGGUUUUUCCUCCAGCGGUGUUUAAAAAAGAAGGUGGAUAUGAUGGAUUUCCGUGUUAAUUCAUAAAGAUUUCAGGAAUGUUUGAUCACAAUGUGUUUCUUAUAUAAUGGUAAUUAAAAAACGCCAUUAUUAGAUCCUUUUUGGGACUUUUGAGGGGCAAGUUGUACAUCGAAUAAAUGGAGCAGUGAACUUCU